AAAUAAACUUAAAUGAACUUACGGAAUGGACCUUUAUUAGAUGAGUGGAUUGGAACUUUGGUAAUAUCCCUUAUAGUAAUUAGGGAUUCACAGUAUCAGGGCCAGAAGGUAUAAAUCUAAACCAGCAAGGACUGGUGCUGUCUAUCCUUUUAUAGUGCUCCUAAGACCAAGAUGCUACCAUUGCUCUGAGUGACCCAAUGCCAUUUCUACCAUCGCAGUUUUCAAGAGUCUUCCUUGGGCGCAGUGGAAUCCCUUUUUAGUUCAUUUGAAAUCCAUUCCUUCUUAUUGCACAUCUAUGGAAACAGAGAUAAAAAAUAGUUCAUUAUGACUGUCCUCAUUAACGCCCUUCUAGGAGGCCACAGUCCUUGUCGUCAAGUCCUUCUCCUCUGUAAGCUAACCAGUAGUGAUUCACUCUGGCCCCAUAACCCUCUAACAAGAUGUUGACUGAUGCUGACUAGGAUGGAAGGAUGAUUUGAUUUUCCCACAUGCAUGGAGCAGCCUCUUUGUCAUUGCCUGCGGCGUUGUGUUGAUGCUUCUCUGCUCCCUGGUGCCUAUUGCAGAUGAGUCUUUGAACUCUGCAUUUGUGCUAACACUUUCCUCAUAUUCAUGCUCUUCCUCCUGCCUGUGCCACUCUCUCUAGCAGCUAAUUCUUGACCUUGGCAAUUUUAGAAGUCUUUUCAUUUUGGCUUCUGGCUUUUGUGUCAUGCUUAGUAGGGCUUUCCCCACUAUAAAAUUGUUUUUCACUCCAACAAAAUAAUUUUGACCUUCAACCUGACUGAAAUCACACUUUUCCUGAUUUCUGAUCACCUCAGCCACAGUCAAUCUUGGCUUCCUUGGCCCUCUUUGUACAUACUUUAUACAGUUAUCGUCAUUUAUGUAAAUAUUUUGUCAUCCUAUCUAACUAGAAAGUUCUGAAGGUCAGCAGUUGCCUCCUUGUCUCCCCACAAGAGUGUCCUGCAUUUCACAGAUCCCCAAUAGAUACUUGAUUAAGUGUGUCAUCUGUAUUCCCUUUCCUCUCCUGCUUCCCCCCUGUCUCAGCCACCCAACAAGUUUGCUGUCAUGAAUGUGGAGUUCCACUCUGUUUUUGUAAAAACAGUUGGAGUUUUGUCCCCUUUUACCAGGUCUCUGAAAUUUCCAAAGUAGUUCCCUCACCUUCUCUAAUACCUAACAGCAUAUUUUUCAAAAAUCCUGAGUAGAAUGGUCUCCAGGUUGAAAAUAAUUGUCACAAAGAUUUAUCGAUCCGUGCAUUUUAUUUCAAUAAUCAGUGCAAGGGCGAUGCCUAGACCUCUAGCUUCCCCACCACUGAGCAGCACCCACAGAGAACAUGCUGUCAAAAGGAUUCAGCAAAGUGCUUUUGCACCAUCCCCCUCCUGACUGUAAUUAGACCUUCGAGAACUCUGCACGCGCCCUAUCAUAACAUGCAUUUCACUCUCUUCUAAUUGCUUGCUUAAUUGUCUUCCCCUCAUUUCUAAGCUCUUCUAAGGCAGGGCCCCUGUCUGUGUUGGUCACCAUGAUGCCCAUCAGGCCUCACACAGUAACUGACAAAUAGUAGGAGUUCAUUUAGAGUGAAUGGACACAUGAGUGAAUGAAUGAAGCACCCCUGCUUCCCAGAAAUAUAGUUUUCUUGUCCUAUUGUGCAGCUUUGGAGGAGGAGGCUCCCAGGGACUUGGUCAUUUUUACUGCUUUCUUCCCCAGUUUCACAGCAAUUGAAAAGUGUUUGUGUUAUUUCAGGUACAAAGAGCAUGGCAACAGCUCGCCCACAUUAGGUGGAGUUUUGAGUUGUGCCCUAGGAAUGGGGGUGAUUUUGCAGUCUUCCAUUUGCUCACUUCCUCCCCACCUUUUGAAUUUUGUCUAGUCAGUUAACAAAUUAGUGCCAAACUUAACAGUGAAAGCAUCAUUACUUCCCCUACCAAUAGCUAAUGUUUAUUGAAUGUUUGCUGUGUGCUAGGCUCAGUGCUGAGUGCUUCACAUUCAUUCUCGUUAGAUCCUUGAAACAGCCCUUCAAGGGUAGGCACUGUUAUUGUCCCUCUUGUUAUAGGUGAGAACCUCAGGCCCCAUAUCAUAGAAUUAGCAAGUGUCAGAGCCGGGGUCUGUCCCAAGGUAAUCCAUUCCAGACCCCAUGUAUACUGCUACCUCUUUUGAAGUUGAUAGUCAUGUGUCAAAUCUACUCCAGAUGAAGAUUAAUCUCUUUUCACUUUCUUUGUUCUAGCUUUUCUCUUCAUUGCUUCACUGUCAAUCACUUGUGAAUUGCUUCUCAUAAUUCUCAUAUGAUAUACUGAUAAUAAGGAGAUCAGAGAGUAGUGGGCCCAUCUUCAGAUAAAGAACUGGAGCAUAGAAAGUUGAAGUGACUUGCCCAUAGCCACACCAGGGUAGGAUGUCACUGCCUCCAUUUGGUCAUGGGUGGCCUCAAACGGUUACAUUUGGUGAUGUACUUCUUGGAGGAUAUUGAGGUCUGAGGGAACCAUCUUCUUCCCCACAUGCUCUGAGUUCUGUAUGCUGGAGACCAAAAGCAGAGUAUUGCUCAUUCACUUGUAUUCCAUUUCUAUUAGUGAAAAGUUAUUCCAGGUCCCAUGAUUUCACCAUGAAAGGUCUCUGUGAACCAGAGAGAAGCAUUCUGAAAGAAGUUAUUAAGCAUUAUUAAUACAAUUACGUACAACAAAAGACAUAAUUUAACUUCUCCACAUCCAACAAAGAAAUUCAUUUGAAGCUUCAGGAACUCCAGCUGGAAGGGCAGAGCUCAUCAGAGUGGGUUCUUCAGGCGGAGGAGUGUGGGCAAGGAGUCGUGCUGGCUGCUUUGUCCUCGGGGACGCUUCUGUGCAUGAUGGAAUACACCUCUCUCCCAGCCUCCCAGCCCCUCCGUCGCCCUCCACCUAGGGAACCACAGCACAUCCUAUCACAGGCACAGAGUCCGGAAUAUUGGCUUGUACUUGCAUCUCCCCUGACCCAGGAUACUGCAUAGGCAGCAUUGAAAGAACGAUUGAUUCGAAACAAUAGAAGAUGACGAUGGAAAUACUCAGAGGACAGAAACAGUGGCCAUUGGAAUGGAAGGAAAGCCUUGGUGAAUUUUUUUGACUUUAUCCAAAAUGUCAGAAAUAACUGUUAUUUAUUGUGUGACACUGUGGCCAUCCUCACCACAGUUCCAUUUAAUAUUUUUGCCUUAUUGCACUAGAACAUGAGCUAGGAGAGAACAAGCACUGUAUCUAUACCCAGUCCCUAGAAGAGUGCAUGGCACAGAGUGGGUGCUCAGAAAAUCUUUAUUGAAUGAGGGGAUGGUACCGGUGAAGAAAUCAGUGACCCCCAAAGUUAAGUUACUUGCUGAGGGUCACAUCACUACCAGGAAGCAAGGCCAGGAUUUGAACCCAGGGCUACCUAACUCUAUAGAAUUCUUUCUUUGUGAUUGCUUGGAUAGGUCCCUGUUGGUGAAGAGAAGUGGAGAUUAGAGACCCAAAGGUGUUUAACAGAAGCUCCAGUUUGAGGUUCAGGGAAUGUGGGUUCUGGCCCAUUCUUGCUAAAAUCCCGGAGUGACCUCCGAAAAGGCCUUUCUCCACUCAAAGUGUCAGUUGACUAAUCUGUAAAAUGGAGAGAUGGAAGCAAUGCUCUCUAAGGGUCCAAGCUUUUCUCAGAUGCAACUGGGCAGAUUUAUGCUUUGUCAUCUCCCAUGCUCACUUGGAGCUGGGUCAAGGGUUGAGGGAGGGGGUGGCUAAUUCACUGCCCAAGCCUGUGAGGAAAGCAGUCAACUGCACUCUAUUUCCGGGAUGCACAAAAAUUCAAGGAUGACAUAGUCGCAAGCCAAGAAACAACCUCAAAUGAAAGUUGAAGAGAGGAAAGAAAGUAGAGGUAUUUGAAGGCUGGACACAGCUUUUGGGGAGGAAAAAAAAAGAGCUUUGAUUUCACUCCUGGGUUGGUGCAGUAUAUAAUAAUCUGAAACAGGCGCUCAGGUUAAUAACUGCCCAGAUCUAAUCCCCUGCACAUAAGAGAGCUGUUAAAAAGAAAAAAUAGGCGAGUAUCUUUAAAGCCUCUAUUCUUAUAUGUGAUAUUUUUGUAUUCCUUUGGAGGCUGCAUAGCCAGGGCCUUUGCAUCCAGCAAAGGCUUUCUUCCCGUCUCCGGGCUUGGGGAUUAUUGAUUUGGAAGGCGAGGCUAAUUUACAUGUAAAUAAAUCUCAGCGCUGGGCAGCGGGGAUGGGACGUCCAGAUGCCGCGACUGACUUGCUGACGUCACAGCUUCAUUAGCAUGCGGAGGAUGCGAGCACUGCAACAGCGACUUCUCCGGCACCACCAGCAGCUCCGCCAACAGUUAUUAUUAUUUUUUGGCCGAGCUGCACAUUUCCUAGUUCACUGUCUUGGGCUCUGCGACCAGCUGACUGCUUGCCCUGGGUCUGGCUCGGGAUCAGUUCGUGACGCUGAGUCUGGGGUAUGUGACUUCCUGCAGACGAAACUGGGGCUCUCAAGAAGGCGAUCGGAUCCAAAGGAAGGGUAGAAGUCACACUUCCCCACCCCGCCACCCCCCGCUUGGUGGCUCCCUAGCGGGGUCUCGACCCAGCAGUGCUCUUUUCUGUGAGUGAAUGCAGAGCAGCUUGGGCUAAGCCUGGUGCUGUCUUCAGGAAGGGUCCAGAUUUUGAGAAGGGAUUUCAGAAGAUGCUUUGGCUGCCUGCAAUCCUGCUUGCGUUCUUAGAAGCCAGACUCAGGGAGAAAGUGAACUGGGGCAAUUGACAAGCUCAGAGGGUCUGGCGGAAGCUUCCUCCGAUACUGGGCAUUUCAUCUUCCCUGGAGGUAGGAAGAUCUGCCUGCACUGCAAGUGCCCUCAGGAGGAGCACAUGGUGACGGUGAUGCCCCUGGAGAUGGAGAAGACCGUCAGCAAACUCAUGUUUGACUUCCAGAGGAACUCGACCUCGGACGACGACUCGGGCUGCGCCUUGGAGGAGUACGCCUGGGUCCCGCCGGGGCUGAAGCCUGAACAGGUUCACCAGUACUAUAGCUGUCUCCCAGAAGAGAAAGUUCCUUAUGUCAACAGUCCUGGAGAGAAACUGCGAAUCAAGCAGCUAUUACACCAGCUGCCACCACAUGACAAUGAGGUUCGAUAUUGCAACUCCCUGGAUGAGGAAGAGAAGAGGGAGCUGAAGCUCUUCAGCAACCAGAGGAAACGUGAAAACUUGGGCCGAGGGAAUGUCAGGCCCUUCCCGGUCACCAUGACGGGAGCUAUUUGUGAGCAGUGCGGAGGCCAGAUUAAUGGCGGGGACAUCGCUGUGUUUGCAUCUCGAGCCGGCCACGGCGUUUGCUGGCACCCACCGUGCUUUAUAUGCACUGUCUGCAAUGAGCUCCUGGUGGAUUUGAUCUACUUUUACCAAGAUGGGAAGAUAUACUGUGGCAGGCACCACGCGGAGUGCCUGAAACCGCGCUGCGCAGCCUGCGACGAGAUCAUCUUUGCAGACGAAUGCACAGAAGCUGAGGGGCGGCACUGGCACAUGAAACACUUCUGCUGCUUCGAGUGCGAGACAGUGCUGGGCGGCCAGCGCUACAUCAUGAAGGAGGGAAGGCCCUACUGUUGCCACUGCUUCGAGUCCUUGUAUGCAGAAUAUUGCGACACCUGUGCCCAGCACAUAGGGAUUGACCAAGGUCAGAUGACCUAUGACGGCCAACACUGGCAUGCCACUGAGACCUGUUUCUGCUGUGCUCACUGCAAGAAGUCCCUCCUGGGGCGGCCAUUCCUCCCCAAACAGGGCCAGAUAUUCUGUUCACGGGCCUGCAGUGCCGGGGAGGACCCUAAUGGCUCUGACUCAUCCGAUUCAGCCUUUCAGAAUGCCAGGGCCAAGGAGUCCCGGCGUAGUGCCAAAAUUGGCAAGAACAAGGGCAAGACGGAGGAGCCCGUGCUGAACCAGCACAGCCAGCUGCAGGUGAGUUCCAACCGGCUCUCAGCCGACGUGGACCCCCUGUCGCUGCAGAUGGACCUGCUCAGCCUGUCCAGCCAGACGCCCAGCCUCAACCGGGACCCCAUUUGGAGGAGCCGGGAUGAGCCCUACCAUUACGGGAAUAAGAUGGAGCAGAACCAGUCCCAGAGUCCUUUGCAGCUCCUCAGCCAGUGCAACAUCAGAACUUCCUACAGUCCAGGCGGGCAAGGGGCUGGAGCCCAGCCCGACAUGUGGGCCAAGCACUUCAGCAACCCCAAAAGGAGCUCGUCACUGGCCAUGAAGGGGCACGGCGGCAGCUUCAUCAAGGAGUGCCGAGAGGACUAUUACCCAGGAAGGCUGAGAUCCCAGGAGAGCUACAGCGACAUGUCCAGUCAGAGCUUUAGUGAAACCCGAGGCAGCAUCCCAGUGCCCAAAUAUGAGGAGGAGGAGGAGGAGGAGGAAGGGGCCAUAUCCACUCAGCAGUGUCGGACCCGUCAUCCAAUCAGUUCCCUGAAAUACACUGAGGACAUGACACCCACGGAGCAGACCCCUCGUGGCUCCAUGGAAUCGCUGGCCCUGUCUAAUGCAACAGGCCUCUCUGCCGAUUGUGGCGCCAAGCGCCAGGAGCAUCUCUCCCGGUUUUCCAUGCCUGACCUCAGCAAAGACUCUGGAAUGAAUGUCUCUGAGAAGCUGAGCAACAUGGGCACGCUUAACUCGUCCAUGCAGUUCCGGAGCGCAGAGUCAGUUCGCAGCCUGCUCUCUGCCCAGCAGUACCAGGAGAUGGAGGGGAACCUCCACCAGCUCGGCAACCCCAUUGGGUACAGAGACCUGCAGUCCCACGGAAGGAUGCAUCAGAGUUUUGAUUUUGACGGGGGGAUAGCGGGCAGCAAGCUGCCAGGGCAGGAGGGUGUGAGGAUCCAGCCCAUGAGCGAACGCACGCGGAGAAGAGCUACUUCGCGCGACGACAACCGCCGCUUCCGACCUCACCGGUCCAGGCGUUCCCGACGUUCUCGCUCGGACAACGCCCUUCACCUGGCCAGCGAACGCGAGGCCAUGUCUCGGUUAAAAGAAAGGCCCCCACUAAGAGCCAGGGAGGACUAUGACCAAUUCAUGCGCCAGCGGAGCUUCCAGGAGAGCCUUGGCCAGGGGUCCCGGAGGGACCUGUAUGGCCAGUGCCCGAGGACUGUGUCGGACUUGGCUUUGCAGAAUGCCUUUGGGGAGCGAUGGGGACCCUACUUCACCGAGUAUGAUUGGUGUUCCACCUGCUCCUCCUCCUCUGAGUCUGACAACGAGGGCUAUUUCCUAGGAGAACCAAUCCCUCAGCCUGCCCGCCUGCGAUAUGUCACUAGCGACGAGCUGCUACACAAGUACAGCUCUUACGGCCUCCCCAAGUCUUCCACGUUAGGUGGCAGGGGACAGUUGCACAGCAGGAAGAGACAAAAGAGCAAAAACUGUAUCAUUUCUUAAUCUGAUUGGGGUCGGGGGAUGGGGGAAGAUGGGAGCUAAGAAUGUAGAUUCAGAACACUUGCACUGUUUUAGAUGUUAAAGCGCUUUUGGGGGUGGUUACUGGAGAAGAGGGAAAUGCUCUCAGUCGAUGGAGGCAAGGUUACAGAUUGACUCAAUAGCUAGUCACAGUUCUUGGCAUGUUGAAUAUUAUUUGCACAUUUCACUUUGGAAACACGAUAGACUCUAGGGCGGCCUGGAUGGGUCACCUCCUUGCUGUCAGCCUGUGCUGAGUUACCACUCGCAAGAUGGCAAAUUGUUUCCCGCUUGCUUAUAUCCUCUCUGGUUCUCUUACUUUUAGGACCCUUCUUCCAGUAAGUAAUUUGUUUAUUAGCCAGGACCCAACACUAAGUUAUUUACAUGUCCAUUGUAAAUGCUAUGUAAAUGAGAGUUCUGAUAAAAUAUUUUUGUAUUUUGUAAUAUCAAAGGAAUUUCUAUAUCGUAGGACUCAGUGGAGACUUGCAUGCACAUCCAGUAUUGUCUUUGAGUAGUAUUCGAAGGUGGUCCAGGACCACCUUUUUUUUUUUUCUUUUUUCUAUACAAAUUUGUUACAUGUCAGUGAGACCUUUUUCAAAGGAGUUUAUUCAAUUUGGCUUUUUGUGGCUGAAAAAAAAAUUAACUAUUAUACCCAAAGCAUUUUAUGCUCCAUUCCAUCUUCGGGAGCUGUCCUUAAGUCCACUCCUACCCUCAGUAGAAUCUAUUCUCUACAAAGUGAUAGUAACUUUUUUUUAAUUGCAAACGUAACUUUGCCAAUUAGAGAAACCAACCAGUGUCAGUAAAGUGCUGUGAGAAAUGCCAUCCCCGCUGGGAACAUUGAAGUUGCUUACUAUUGAUCUAUCCCUUGGGGAAAAUAAAAGUGACUGUGAGUGGUGCCGUUGUGUGAUGUCAGCAUGACGUUGUUUUGAAUGUGGCAUUCUUUUCUGGUGCUCAUGUUUCCUGGAUUGUAUUAUCUGCUUUCCUUUACCAAGGCAGACGGAACAGCUGCCUUAGCCUGACAACCGAUUGUCCUCGCUGCAAAUGAACUUAAGCAUAAGGAAUUUAGGGGCAGAAAGGUUCUGAGGGGCUCUGGUCGUGAUGGUGUGUUCUAGAUUGUAUGUCACACAUGGAGAAGGAACAAGGUCAUUUGAAAACAAAGCAGGUCCGGGGUAGAAACUGAAGGAGAAUAUGAAGGCGAGUCAGAGCAAAGACGAACUUCUGGAAGUGAAGCAGAGGAGAGGUGAAAACCUCCUUGAAUUAGCCCCCAGUGCUUGGAGAAAGAAUCCAGUUUGACACACUCCGUAACCAGAGUAUCUGGGUUACCCAGAAAAGUUGGGCUGCUCAGGAGAUUUCAGUGUAAUGGUCUUGAAAAACAAAUGUUGUUGAAAGGAGGAUUUCCAUUUGGAACUUUGGGGACUGUUGGUCAGACAGAAAAUGGGCUCAAAAGUGAGUUUGCUUAAAGAAGACAUUUAACGGUUGUGUUGUUUAUAGUGAAAUAAAACUUCCUACCUUGCUUCAGUUAAAAAUGAAGCGCUUGCUUUUUCUUCCAUUCUCCUCCUCCCCCUAAUGGAUUGUGGCCGUUGAAAUAAUCCAUCGGAGGACCAACCUUUAGUGAGAUGUACUGUCGAUGUAGUACACGGUGUAUCUCAGUGGCCAUCUGCCCUGGUGAGGUGAGCGUGGUCUCUUUUCAGUAUAGUAGUUAAUAUUUUCUAGUAUUUUUUUAUGGAGAGAAUGUGAAAAGUAGCGCUUCAGACACCAUCCCAAAUGGGUCUGGGGAAAGGAAGGCUGUAAAGGACGUGGAAAUGGCACUCCAUUCAGGAUGUAUUAAAAUAAUUUGCUUUUCAGGUAUUAAUAUGACAUUUGUCAUUGUCACUGAUUUUUUAAAAAAGCAAUGCAAAUGUUGGUUGUGGCUGUUUUCCGCAUGCUAUCUUCAUAUCUAAAUGCUUCAUUAAUUAUCCAAGCCUCCGGAGAAUUAACUCUAUUACGUUUGUAUAGUAAGUUUGUAAACUGCUUGGCAAACUGAUUAAGAAAUAAUGUGCAACACCAUGCUACCAAGGUGGCAGGUUUCUGGUAGAAAUCGGGUGAGUCCAAUUUGGAGAUUUGAGUUCCUUAACUGAUGAGAAUAAAGGCAUUUUGGAAAAAGAAAAGAGAGAAAAAAGUAGAUCACUUAACUUUGCAAACAGCUGAAAAUAAUGUCUGUCCUCUGUGGCCUGGAAUCCACUGAGAGAAAUUCUCCCAGUAAAUGUCGCUUUCUAACUCGGUCCUUUUCAAAGUACCUCUUACAUUUCCCCGAUGAGGCUUUAGCCACUAUCAGCAGAGACAAGGAGGUGGCCUAGAAAGUGCCACAUAACUAGUACCCAAAGGGAUCAGAGGAAUAAGCAAUUUCAGAUCUAGCUGCCCAGGGACAUCCAGCAGCUGAAUUGGUCAGAGCUUUUGAUAUAAUAAGAUACAAGCCUAAGGGUCGAACUGUCUACAGGCAAGAUCACCUCCAUCUAUUCCACCACUGCAGUUGUCUCCUCCCCAGCCCACAUGCAGCCAGGCACCUCACAGAGAAUGCCGAUGGAGGACAGCUAAAUCCUCAUGAUGAUGAUGGAACCUCCAAGUGAAUGUCCUAGAGAGAGCAGGUAUCACUGUAUUGGAAGUUCCACCUGUGAGUGACAACUGACAUGUAACAUCUCAGACUCCCGUUCCCAAAAAGUCAGUGCAUUCUUUUCUGAGGCAAGAGUGUAGGGUCCUUACCUGAUUUCUCCAUCAUUUCCGUGAGCUCUUCUUGACCAAAUUUCGCCUGUGAGUGGAGCCUGCACUCACCUCUUCUUAGAUCAUCAUUUCAUCUUCAGUGGACUAUUCUUAGAAAAGUAAUCUUUUUCCAGCUUCCUCUCUUCUCUAAUGUCUUGGGGUUUGGCUUUUUUUUUUUUUUUACUUCUACCUCUCCUCUUAUGAGACUUGUUGUCUUUUGGUUAAAACCACAGUUUUGGAGUUCAGUUCAUUUCUUAUUUCUGCUCAAUUUAGUGGCAACAGAACCGGCUCUUUCCCAAGAAGGAGAAGUCAUUGGCAGUUUCCUGAGUGGCCCUGCCAUACAUGCCACCCUUGAUACUAUGAACAGGUUUUUUAGCAAGCUGGUGGCAUUGAAUGUGGCAUUGAGGUACCCUUCCUUCUGUCAUGUAGUUCUGAGAUCUCUACCAAGCGUGAAGGUGAAUGAGGCAAGGGAAACCGAGCUGUGCUUCCUGCUUUUCGUGUGUUUGAGGGGAAAGAAUUGCUAGUGUUGGUUGUUUGACACCUUCUUUCCACAUUCACCCUCUGUUCUCUAGUCCUUCCUUUCCACCCUCAAGCCAGCCCAGUGAACAAGCAACUUUGUAUUUCUAGUUUGGGACCUGAAGGCAGCUCUUUCUCAUCCUCUUUUCCCAUUCUGUAGAAUGUUCCUGCAUUGCAACAAGGUUAUAUUUCCUUCUCCUCCUGCAGCAGCUUUCUGCUUCUUGGGUGCCACUAGCCAUUGUUGAGUUCAGGUGGGGCCAACGAUGGCAUAUAUGUAGCACAUGCUCUGCCAUCCCUGCAACCUGGGCAGAUGCAACCAGUGUAUCACUAUAUACUUUCCCAAAGAACAUGGAUGCUGCCUCAGAAAUCUUUGGAACGCUCCAACCAGCCCAGACCAGUUGAUCAGAACUAAUCUUAUUUGUCUGAUAACAAAUCUUAUUCAUGAACUGAUUCUUAUUUGUCUUUCCACCCUGGGCUCUUUUGCCAUUGGCCCAAAACAGUACACCAGCUAUUUAGAAACUAUUCUUCAUAAAUAAUUGUGAGACUGCCAAUUCCAGUACCCCCAUAUUGUGGAUGCUUAAAGAGGCUGACUUUAGGAUAAACAAAGACCAAUCUCUGGCCUCCUUUUCCAUUCUCAUGUUCUUGGCCAAUUAUAGGCAGCCUUCUGUUCAUCCUUUUGCAGAGGUCAGAUAAGAGUCCAUCUUAUUCUUUGUCUAAUCCCACCUUCUAACAAGAAAGAACACAAAUAUUUAAAUUCCAAGGAUAAGUGCUCUUUGCGUAUUUCUGUCUAACAGAAACCAGAUGCUGAUGCCUAAGGAGGAUCUAUCUAUGACAAAGGAAAGUGGAAAAUGGAAGCAGUUAUCAGAAUAUUUCAUGCCAGAAGAGUUGCUAUUAGCAACUGGUUAGCACCUUCAGGGCUUUGAAAUGGGCUGUGCGGACAGCAUUCCAGGCACGGGACUCAGCCAAGCCUCCUCUGCAGAUUUGAAGGCAGUUUCAGAUGCUGCCUUUUGAGGUACAUUUCUUAAAGCAUAAGAGAAGUGGAAAUGAAGAGAGCUUUGCCUUGCCUCCAGUGAUUGGUCCCUCUGGGACCUCAGCAGGCACCCAGAGCUUGUUUGUCUGACUGCUGGGAAGCAGCCAUCAAGGUUAGGAUCAAGAAAGAAGUGGAAUCCUUUUCCGUUUUCUCAUAGUAGUAGCCCAGUCAACACAAGACUCCCAUAAAACAAUAGCUCACUGUUGGGAGCUAUUCUAUUUUAUAAGCUUACUUCCUGCUGACAAAACUAGCUUUCACCAAAGGGAAUAAAAAGGAGGGGGAAAUUCACAUAGCAUUAGGAAAAUGUUUCUGUGUUUAGAUAUGAUGAAUCCAUAGGAUAGGAAAAAAUUGUCUUCUUCUAUCCUGAGAGUUUCCUGAGACAUCCCUUCACCCUACUGGGCAUUUGGCCGUUGAUGUUCACUAGGUCGCUGACCAAGCUUUUCCAAAUUUUUCGUAGAGAGUUACCGGUAAGGUCUGUUCUCAAGCCUAUCUAGCUGAUUUCCAUACUUUUCCAUAAAGCAUUUUGGUUCGAUCAUGGACCCCGACUUAACAUUGUAAGGCCUUUGAGUCCUCCACUUUCAUAGCAAAUUAGGACUUUGGCAGUUUUCUCUCUCCUAGAUACAUUCUUUCCUUACAGGAUUGCUUUGUCCAUCUCCUGCUUCAAUUCCAAGUGCAUAAACAAAACCUCAGACGGCCUGAGAAGGUGAGGCAGGCCAGAGUCUGUGUUGUGUGUCGAGUGUCAAGCUAUUUGUUAAGAAGGUCUGCAACAGGCCUUGGUGUGGGCUCUGCCAGAGACGGGUGUGAACACUUUGCUUGACAUCCGUGCCCUGUAAAAUGGAUAUGAUGUUUUACUGAUGUCUGUAAUACAUUUGUAAACUUCCAAUAAAAUUUGAAUAAAAGAAAUGUUGCCAUUCUUCUCAA